AUGAAUGAAUUAUCAAAAUAUCUUACAGUCAAUAGCAUCCAUCAAAAUUUUAACACUUUCGAAGACUCAAUAGUUGUAAUCCUUGACAUGAUGGACGUUGGGUUCAAAUCAAGUGUAACAGAGACCUCCUCACAUACAAUCUUUUUAUACUUGAAAAUGAUUUUGUUUGAAAUGAAUAAAAGAUCAUCCUCAAAUAUUUUAAUCUUUAUAUCAUCAAAUGAACACUUUAACUCAUUGAUAUGA